ACUAGGAGGAUCUGAUCCUAGUUCAGUUAAAAUAGAUACAAUGCCAACAGCUCCUACUGGUGUACCUACUUCUUUGUCUUUAUUACAACCAAUUAAUAAUCUCACUUGGAAUGAGGUCGAUUGCUCUAGGCGUAAUGGACUAAUCACAGGCUAUACAGUGAUGAUCAGUAACAGUAGUAUCACAUACAACCUCACCAGUACUGAGAGAUAUAUCAUAUUAAAUGAUCUAGUAUUUGAUACUGUGUAUAUCAUUAGUGUAGCAGCUGUCAAUUCUGCUGGAAGAGGUCCUUUCAGUGACCCUAUUGCACUACUAUUACACCCAUCACAAUCAUCAGUGUAUCUAAGUGAUAUAUCACAAACAUAUAUCAGUACAUCAACUAGUAACAAUGGUGUCAUUAUUCUUGGAGUGUUAGGUGGUGUAUGGUUGAUUCUUCUAACUAUAACUUUUAUUUAUUUUAUAUACUAUUUCCUAAGAUUGCAAAUUUCUUUCGCUGCCAGACAAGCAAAAACUGAUGAAGAUAUUGCAAUGCAAGUGUGUACACCAUAUGAUCUUCAUAAGACUGAACUACCAAGUGAAGAGAAUGAAGGAGCUUAUGAAGAAUGUGAAGCACCACCUGAUGCAGUAACUGAUGACUCUAUUUAUGACCUUUGAAUAUAUUAUCAAUGUGUAAUAGAAGGUGUGAACUUACUAUAUAGAUUUAGUAUUGUACAAUUUUAGCUUUAUAUACAUUUCUUAGCAU